GUGAGGAAAAUAAGCCAAAAUAUGUGAUUCAGUUCCGACAUCGUAUAACAAAAUCGCCAGUGAGACCAGAUGGUUGAAUAAUAAUUCCAAUGAAUUUUGCAGGACUGCAGCAGACGAUUCACUUCCUGCGAUUUAACCGCAAAAGUGUCAAGGGUUUUAUGCAUUCGUCCGCAACCCAAUCAGAAGUGGGCUCAUAUAAGACGCAAACGUCGCCGAUCAAGAGAGUCUUUGCUGACAAGUGCCGGCGCCAACCAGCGACUGUGAUCGAAGCAAAAGACGAGACGGACUUUUUCAAAGUGAGUUAAGCCAUUGUUUAAGCGUUUGUAAACCAUUUUAUUCCUUAAUAAGGAAAACAAAUAGGAAAUUCCAGACAGUGAGAGUUUAGGAACAAGUUCUGCACGGUUGGGACUUUAUUUGAACCCGUUUUUUGCAAAAACCGCGUACGAUUGGAGAUGUUCUGCGUGCCAGUGGCGCCUUCAUCUACCUUAUUUUGGAACAUUGCCCAUCUUAACGCUUCGGGGCUUAGGGUGGUGCCAAAAAAUAUCCUCACGCGCGUAAAUAUUGCCGAUUACUCAAUCUAAUGCACUCGAUUCUUCCCAUGCAGAUUGCAACUUUCACCGUUAGGUAAUAGGUGCAAUUUCCUUUACGGAAAAAUCAGCCGCUCACGCCUGCUUUCACUAUCUAGAACUGACUCCAAUUGCAACUGGUUGUAUCAGAUUACCAUAAGAGAUUUUUCACUAAAAUCAGUGUGAAGCGGGGCUUGUGCCCUUAAAAUCGGCCAUAAUUGAAUAACGGAGAGGAUAAAUGCGCAUAAGUUAUUUCAUUUGCGCCAGUCCGGCCCAGUAAAAAUCGCAGAAAUUUGUUUUCUGCGUGUUUGUGAGAGCGACAACAACAUGACCAGCUAACAACACCGUCGCAUAUAUUCGUCUCAGUCUAAGUGGGCCCAGGGGCCAAAGCGAGAGAGAGAUGCACAUCAGCUAGGCUUUGCCUGACCUACUCGGCGCUGAGACAGGGGGGUAUCAGGAAUAAAUAAUUUUUUAGUUCUAUUUCAGAUAUGAUAUGGAUAGCUGUGUCACUGGUUGCGACCAUCCUGAGCCUGUGGGCAUUCCUGGAUACACGGAAGCCGAAAAAAUUCCCGCCAGGUCCUGCAUGGUAUCCCGUAGUAGGGAGCGCCCAUCAGCUGCUGAGAGCGCGCACCCAGCUGGGGUCGCUCUAUGAAGCCACCGCAGCCCUGAGUAAGCGCUAUGGGCCAGUGAUGGGUUUCAAGGCAGGUGUUAGAACGAUAAAAGUCCAGGUUUUCCUCAAAUCCUGCUUCCAGGUGGGCAAGGACCCGAUUGUAGUGGUGUACGGCCCGCAGGAGACCAAGGAGAUGGAACUAUCCGAGGAUUUGAUUGGCCGCCCCAUAGACCCCUACUUCAAGUUGCGCACCUGGAACAAGCGCAGAGGUGACAGCGUGGAUCAGGGGCGGACGGUUGUAGAACUGGGGGUUGUUUUAGGUGUUCUGUUGACCGACAACAAGUUCUGGCAGGAGCAGAAGCGGUUUCUGUUGCGCCACCUGAAAGAGUUUGGGUUCGGCACUAAGAACAUGUCGGUGCUGAUCGAACAGGAAGUUGGGCAUCUGCUGGAAUUCAUCGAGAAGUCCAUCGACGAGAAUCAAGGCUCAGUGGUAUUCAAAAUGGAGUCCAUGUUCAGUAUGAGCGUCCUGAACACGGUCUGGUGCAUGUUAGCAGGAGUGCGCUAUUCUCAAGAGGAUCAGAAGAUGAAGUCGCUGCAGAGCAUCAUGUUCAGAAUGUUCAAAACCAUCCACAUGGUAGGCGCUGCUUUUAGCCAUUUUCCGAUUCUCAAGUACUUGGCUCCGCAGCUGUCCGGCUACAAGUGCUACAUGGAGACGCACCAGCAGAUCUGGGACUUUCUGCGCGAUGAAUUGGACGCUCAUAAGAAGACGCACGUCCCGCAUCAUCCCAGGGAUUUAAUGGACGUGUAUCUGGACGUGCUGCGCUCUCCUGAUCACAGCGAGUCCUUUUCUGAGGAACAGCUGCUGGCCAUUUCCAUGGACAUGUUUAUGGCCGGGUCGGAAACCACCAGCAACACCAUCAGUUUCACUUUUCUCUACUUGAUGCUCAAUGAGCGGGUGCAGAAAAUGGCUCAGAAGGAGAUUGACGCGGUUUUAGCGGGCAGACCGCCCAGUCUACAGGAUAGGACUAAUAUGCCUUACAUGGAAGCCAUUGUGUUGGAAGGGCUGCGCAUGUUUGGGGGGCGAGCCUUCACCGUGCCCCAUCGGGCCCUAAGAGACACCAACCUAGGAGGCUACAUCAUUCCAAAGGUCAGUUUCUUUGGCCUGGUUGCCAGUUUUUGCGGAAAAUCCCCAGGUUUUGUGUUCCAGGACGUUCUUGUAGUUGCCAAUCUUCACGGUUCCAUGAUGGGGCCCGACUCCGGCUUUGAGAAUCCCGAUGAAUUCAUCCCUGAGCGCUAUCUGAAAAAUGGGAAAGUCGUCCAGGUGGAGAACCACUUGCCCUUCGGGCUGGGGAAAAGGAGGUGCAUGGGAGAGUCGAUGGCGCGCGCCAAUAUUUUCCUUUUCACUGCCGGCCUCCUGCAAAGGUACGACGUCGGUUUGGUGCCUGACAGUCCGCCGGAUAUGAAGACGGUGGAGGGCGUCACUCCGUCAGUCCAUUACAAGUCGAGAAUAACUCGCAGGAGCGCACCACAGUAAAAUAUCUCCUAGAUCGUGUUUUGUUUAGCAUUUUUGCGGUAAAUGCUAAAAACAUUAA